GAUCUGCAGUGAGUUUUUUGCUAAACUCAACGGCGCCAUCGCUAGUCAGUUGUUCGUCUUCCUCCUCUGCAACGUCAUCAUCGCUACUCUCCUCGCCAAGUCCGGCAGAUUAUCCAUCGAGAAUCUCAAAGACAACAAUGCCGAGGAUGAACUCUACGAGGAAGUCGUCAAAAACAUUGAAAAUUGCCAACUGCAAUCUUCGGAAGAUGCUAGGGAACUCUCCAUAGAAGAGAUUGAUUUGGAAAUGUAGGGCAAUUUGGCGUCGGAUCUUGAUUCUGAUUCGGAUUUGGACAUGGAUAAUCCGAACUCUUACCAGAGGAGCAAGUCGGAGAAGUUCGUUAGACCGAGUGUGGAGAAAGGAAAAAGAAAAAAAGGUAUGCAUAUCUGUUUCAUUUUUGGUUCUGUUUGAAUCAGUGUUGUUACCUUUUUUGUUGGGCUGAGUGUAUGCUUGAUUUUGUUUGAAUCAGUGGUUUUUCCAUUUUUGUUGGGUUGAGUAUAUGCUUGGUUCUGUUUGAAUCAGUGGUUUUCCCUUUUUUGUUAGGCUGAUUGUGUGCUAAUAACAGGGUGAGGGAGCC